AUGGAUGCAAACGAGAACUCACACCCUCAAUCAUCACAAUCCAACAAUAAUCCUCAACUAAAAUCCUAUUCUAAUGCAGUCACGCAACAAGCACCUAAAUUUCCAACGAAAGAACAGGCAAUCAUAUUCAACUCGAUUGAUGGUAUAAAACUCCAAGAAUACCUGUUACAACUAGGAGCUAUCGUCCAACCAAGGAAUAUUAUCUUCUCAUCGAGAAUAUCUAACAACAGAAUUUGCAUCUACCUAUCUUCCAAAAAUGUUGUUGAAGAAUUCCUAGCAAACCAUGGCAAAAUAACAAUCAAUGAAGAGACCAUCAAAGCACGAAGACUAAUCACUCCAUCAGACCGUUUAGUGAUGUCUAACGUGAGCCCUACUAUACCUCACGAUAUACUUUUUAGCGAACUCCAAGCCUUAGGACUAACAUUGAUAUCACCUAUCACAUUUUUGAGGAUUGGAACAACAAAUCCAGAGUAUAGUCACAUCCUUAGUUUCAGACGACAAGUUUACUUUACACCAUCAGACAACUGUGAGAUACCUGAAUCCCUAGAGAUUUCUCAUGAUGGCGUCACAUAUCGUAUAUUUCUCACACGCGACAACCAAGUUUGCUACAAAUGCAAGCUGAGUGGACAUAUUGCAUCUAGAUGUCCUACUCAACUUCCUGAAUCAAAUCGAAUCACAACACAAGAUCAAGGACCAAGAAAUGGUGAUAUAAUAGCUUCGCAGCCUCCCUCACCCCCACAAGAACAAGAACCAGAUAGACACUCAAUUGCUGUUGACAGUCACAUGGAAACAGCUGAAUUAUCUGCAUCCUGUAACAAACGGAAUAUAUCAGAAAUAUUGACGCCAACACCAGAAGAAAAUCAAGAACCAGAUCUUUCCAAUGUAACAUUCAACGUCCCGUCAAAAGUAACGCACCCCAAAAAAUACAAACCAGAAAAAACCAUUGGCACCUUGGAUCCUGACAUCAUGCUCUCCUUGAAAGAUACUAUUGACAAACACACACCACCAUACAUUCUUACAAUGGAACAAUUGAAAGAUUUUCUUGAAAAUGCCUACGGAUCAAAGGAUGUCCUCAGCAUUGCUAAAGGCUACACCACGAAGACACCAGCUCUAAUCGAAAUGUUACUGGACUUACACUCCCAUAUCAAAGAUAAAAACCUGAAAACUAGAUGCACCAAAUUGAGGAAAAAAUUAGAGAGACAGGGCUUCGCACGCGACAAGAGAAGUUUCCUGAGAUCAGUCAGCUCCAACUCCGCGGACUCCAACCAAGAGAUGUUCUUUAUGGGCGAGCCGAGAUUGUGCGACAUCGCGCCUGACCUGGUAGCCAGCAGCAGGUCCAACUCAUUGAAGGAGCGCAAGGAACACCAAGGGGACGUUGCGGGGUAUAUGCCUCUGGCUACCAGCGAGGAGCAGGCGGACUGCCAAUCGGAGGACGAGGUCUUCGUCGGGGACGAUUCCGCCAGGUGA